GAUCAAGAGAGGCGCACGCCGUGCACAAACCAGCUACCGCCCUGCCCAUCCAUCUCUCAUACUAAUACGCCGGUGUGAAAGUGCGAGGCAACCUCUCUCAUUCCUUCCUAUCCUCCAUCCUUCUCCCAGUUCCAGUCCCACCCCCACCGCCAAACUCAUCCAAUCCCCAUAGUCCCCCCGGAUGAGAUCUCUCCGACCUCACCCUACCCCCCUCUCACACAUAACUCUUCACCAAAACCCAGACUUCAAAGAUCACCCAUCCCAGGACUUCCUACAUGGAUAGCCCCCCCAUCUGUUCCACCCACACUCUUUAAAAAACGCCAACGGGAUGAAAGGAUGUAAGACUUUUUCUCUUGUCCCUUGGGUCAAUGUCGGUACCGAGGCCAUGGACGAACAUGUGCUCAGUUCGGGGAACGAAAAAAAAAAAAGGAGAUCGGGGAAACAGAGAGAGGGAAAAGAGACGGGGGAAAACGUGGGCGAAUCCGGUUCGGGCGUGAACUCUCACCCUUCACCCCCCAUGUUUGGUUAUGCUCCCCAGACUGGAGUAAUUCUUCUCAUGCACGGGGAGGAGGUCCGAUGAGGGUUGGAAAUCUGGGGGUUGUUAUGCAUGAUGGGUUUGAAUCUGGGGAUGCAGGGUGCAGUUCUGAUUGUGAAUUCCCCAUGAAUAAUAAGUCGAUGUUUAAUGGGCAAGAUACUCUUCAACUGUCACUUUUGUCUUUUCAUUACAUAUUUGAGCA